UUUUUGAAUUUAAUGGUAAUAUGGCUGACGUCGUUGAACCACUAACCUUGUCUAGAGAUGUAAAAAGAUCAAUAGAGCUGCUCGAGAAGCUGCAAGCGAGCGGCGACUUUCCAACAACCAAGCUUGCUGCUUUACAGAGGGUUUUAAGCUCAGACUUUAUGACAUCUGUUCGAGAAGUUUAUGAACACGUAUAUGAGACGGUUGAUAUACAAGGUUCACAUGAUGUUCGUGCUUCUGCGACAGCUAAAGCAACCGUUGCUGCUUUUGCUGCCAGCGAAGGACAUGCGCACCCUCGAGUAGUUGAACUACCGAAAACAGAAGAAGGUCUGGGUUUCAACGUAAUGGGUGGCAAGGAACAAAAUUCUCCAAUUUAUAUAUCUCGCAUUAUACCGGGAGGAGUUGCGGAUAGACAUGGAGGUCUCAAAAGAGGCGAUCAAUUGCUGUCGGUCAAUGGAGUGUCGGUUGAAGGGGAAAACCAUGAAAAGGCAGUUGAAUUGUUAAAACAAGCAAUCGGUUCUGUAAAACUUAUAGUUCGUUACACACCAAAGGUUCUUGAAGAGAUGGAAAUGCGUUUCGAUAAGCAGCGUAAUACCCGCCGUCGUCAAUAGUCCAAAUUUAAAAAAUAACAAAGUAUUUAAAUUUAUGUGUUUAAAUAAAACCUUAAUUUUAUGAACUUAAAACUCUGUUGAUUGUUGCUCGAAUAAAGCGACAUGAAUAGCUAUAAUCUAAUGUUAAAAAAAUAAUUUGAUGUUUAUAUUUACUGAAUAAUCUAUAAUGUUUAUGUUUCUACAGAAACUUAACUAUAUCCAUUAUAUACAAAGUUAUCAUAUAUAUUUUAACGAAUUGGCAAAUCCAGUAGGUGGACUAUUGGAUUGUCAUGUUAGUUAGUCUUGGCUCAAAUCGUUGAGAACAACACAUAGAUUCUCAGAAAAUAAAGUAUCUCUGUUGAGUAAAAAAUA